UCAGUGAGACCGCGGCGGAUCGCGUCGAUCUUUGGGAACGAUUUUUGUUUAUUAUUUUCAAACUCGGCACACAAUUUUUUAGUAAUCUCAAAUCGAAACUUGGACUUUUCAAACUUUGUUCGUUACAAUCGGAGCGGGAUGGAUCAAAAACCGAAUAUCCGUGUCCUACAAAAAAACCAUCGAUAAGGACGAUUCAGAUGGGGAUGGAUUCUGCCGGUUAUGUUUCACUGAGACGUAUCCACUGGUGCAACUGUUUCCGGAAAACAUCAGUCCAGACCGAGAUCUGCUGUGGAAAAUUCUUGAGUGCACUACACUAAAGUUAACAUACGACACAGACCAUACAGCACAGAUUUGUUCGUUAUGCAUCAGAAAGAUGACCGCUUUUUGCGACUACCGUAUGGAAUGUCUGAGAAACGACAAGAAAAUAGCAUCUCACAGACAACGCAAAAUGGUGAUGCCGGCAUAUCCAGAAGUACGGACUACUGUAGAAGUGUUACGGGAAUCCGAGCAAUCGGUAGAAGUAAACGAAGAUCAUUUAGAUGAAGACGAAUGUGAGGAUCAGAUCAGCAUUAUCCAUGAGGAAGAUGCUAAUGAAAUUGCUGAGGCAAUUGAUGACGAUGAUGAUGAUGAAGCGUAUCAACUCACGGAUGAAACAUCGAAUGUGAAGGAGGAACCAGCCUUCGAUGAUGAUCACCUCAUGGCCGUAGUCGAAGACAGCGAUCCUCCCGAUACAGGCGAAGCAUCUGAUAUGGAUAAACAGGAAAAAGUGAAAAAGAAAAGAACACGAAAAGUCCUGAUCCAUGAUGGCCAUACGUAUCAACUGCUAUCUUCGCGCCCAAAAUGUGACUCGAUCACGUGGGGAUGCAUUUGGCGGAAAACGAAAGGAUGCCGGGGCACUCUGGGUACAAAAGCCAGCGGUUUAAUAAUUGGCAAUGUAAUUCCACAGCAUAACCAUCCAGUUCAGCCGGUCGAUAGAAUGAAACAACGGAAAUCGAUCGUUAUGCAUGCUUUUCGGGAAGUCGAAAACGUCUACCUCAAUGAACCGUACGAGAUCAUUAAGAAUCGAAUCGGGGGUGAUAUGCUCGUAUACAACGGAGAUCGAUAUCCUUACUCUCACAGUCGCAAGGACGGUUGUCGCAUAUGGAAGUGCAGCUCCCACCGAAAAUGUACGGUUUCGAUCUAUCUCUGUCCGGAUGGACGAAUUUUCAAAUUGGCCAACAGUCAACAUUCCGAGGAGAAAAUUUUGCAGAAAAGAAGCCGCACAUCGGAUGGUGGAGGCAAAGACUCCGCAAUCAGUGAUGCAUCAGCCAACAUCGAAGAGAUCUAUCCGAACCCGAAAGGAAACUUUAACUACAAGAUAGUGAAGAAUGCCAAUAAGCGGAACGUGCUCAUCUACGAAGGGGACCGUUACACCUUCUACUAUAAGAAACCAAACGGAUGGGUUGUGUGGAGGUGCACAAUGGCAAAAGGAUGCAUGGCCAUGAUAUAUCAGCUUUGCGAUGAAUCAGUGGUCGUGUUGGGCGAAACAACUCAUAAUCAUCUGAGCGUUGUCGAAACCUGGUAGGUCAAAGUGAGUGCUAAUAGAUUGGAAUAAUUUGAAUU